AUGAAUCAAAAACCUAAAUUAUAAGGUUGGUAAGAUUUUACUAACACUUCAAAAUUUACUAAUCAAUUAAGAAUCUUAAGUGACUCAUUAAAUUAAACACCUAGAUAAACUAAACAUCCUAAUUCUCCAUUUAAUAAUGUUAUCAUUAAAAAAUGUUUAACUCAACAAUCUCAAUCUCCUAAUUAAAGAAGAAAUCCUUAUAGAGAUUACUAAUAAUAUACUUGUAAUAAAAAGACUUACUCUCCAGUUUCCAAAGAAUAACUAUUUAAUUUUAGUUCAGAGAAAACUCAAAAAGAAACUAAUAUUAAAUUUAAUGUUUCAAAUUAACCAAAAUAAAUGAAAUAAAGUCCUGUUGUAAGAUGCGUCUAAAGAUAUCAAAAAUAAUAACUAAGAAAUAAGUUAUUAAUGAUUUCAAAAGAUUUAAACAAUACUUAAAUUAACCAUAUAAUUUAACUAAUUUAUAAAUGA